ACAGAGGAGAGAGGAGGAUGCGGAGCGGGCUGCAGUAUAGGACACACAAACAAACCAGGCAACACAUCACUGAUCCGGUGCCCAAGAUGUAGAGCACUCCGCUUGAGCGUGUUCAACAACAUCCCGGGACCGCAUCCACAUAACGGUACAGCAGACCAUAGCGGGACAGCAGACCGCGGGAGAGCAGACCAUAGCGGGACAGCUAGCGGGACAGCAGACCGAGGGAGAGCAGACCAUAGCGGGACAGCUAGCGGGACAGCAGACCGAGGGAGAGCAGACCGCGGGACAGUAGACCUGGACUCUUUCUAGGCGGGUGAAGAAGGCUCCUUCCGGGCAGCAUGACGAGUUAGUUGUCCUUCAGUCAGAGCCGCAGCGGUGGUUCCCUGGUCGUGAUGUUGUCCAGCGCUCAGCAGAUGCUGCAGGAGAGCCGGUCCAAGAUCGAGUCACUCCGGCUCCAGAUCCUAAAGGCUGCCCAGAGCGGAGAGACAGAAGAGGGGAACCUCUCCCCUCAGACAGAUGUUUCCCGGCGGACAGAGCUCCAGCAUUACAUCCAGAGAGAGAGCGAUGCCCUGGCCCUGGCCACCGACAUCGCCUCUAGCCUGCAGGACCUCAAGAACAUGGAGCCCUCAGCCUCUACUGAGGCGCUGGUGAGGGUCUGUGACACAACCCGUCGGCUGGAGCUCCUGAAGACGUCCCUGGACCGGUGCCAGGAGGAGCCCAGAGACCAUGUUCCCUCAGUGCCUCCUUCUACAGAGCAUGCCUCCCUCAGCUUCUCGCCCUCCACGCUCCUCACAAAACCAGCCUGCUUAACCGGCAAACUUGAAGUACAGCUUCUCGGCUGUGAAGAUCUGCUGGAGUCUCUGACAGGAACGGGAUUGCCCCUGACUUCCUGUAAAGUCGAGGUUAGUGCUGAGCUGAAGCUGGAUGGAAGGCUGGUGGGUCGGAGCCGCUGGGGCCCCCCGGGGAGACGGACCUGGGACCAGACCUUCUGCUGCCACCUGGACCGGUCCCGGGAGCUGGAGGUGGAGGUGUGCUGGCGGGACCAACGAGGGCUGUGUGGCGUCCGCUUCCUCCGCCUCGGGGAGCUGAUGGAGGGAACCGACCAAUCACAGAUCUUCAGGCUGGAGCCUCAGGGGGUCCUGUUUGCUACGAUGACCUUCGAUGAGGUCGUCGUGGAACACCCGGCCAAGCUGAGACGUCAGCGAUGCAUCUUCACCAAGGAGAGAGGGAAGAACUUCCUGCGCGCCGCCCAGAUGAACAUGAACUUCUCCACCUGGGGUCACCUGAUCAUGAGAGUCCUUCCUCACUACAGCUCCUUUGCGACCUCUGACUGUGCGCCCCACCAAUUCCAUGAGACAGAGAAGGAGCCUGAAACCACCAGCUUACUGCCCAGCGAUGUAGCGCUGACCAGGCUGAGGGCGGACGAGGAGCCGGGGAAAUCAAACCACAUCGUACCACAGGAGACACCCAACAGCAACACGGAAACCCAGUUGUGCGACAAACCAACCGAAGAGAAUGACAGACCUUCUACCAAGUUGCAGAUGGAAGAGUUUAACUACGUCUCGGUCCUGGGCAGAGGUCACUUUGGGAAGGUGCUGCUUGCGGAGUUCCGCAAGACGGGGAAACUUUACGCUGUGAAAGCCCUGAAAAAGUGCGACAUCGUGUCCCGGGAUGAGGUGGACAGCCUGAUGGCUGAGCGGAGGAUCUUGGAGCUGGUCCGGAGGUCCCAGCACCCCUUCCUGGUGCAGGUCCAGGGCUGCUUCCAGACCCACGAUCACGUCUGUUUCGUCAUGGACUACUCCCCUGGAGGAGACCUCAUGAUCCACAUCCACCAGCACCCUUUCAGCCUGGACCAGACCCGCUUCUACUCUGCUUGUGUGGUUCUUGGUUUAGAGUUUCUUCACCAGAAUAAAAUAAUCUACAGGGACUUGAAGCUGGACAACCUCCUAAUGGAUGCUGAUGGCUUUGUCAGAAUCACCGAUUUUGGCCUCUGCAAAGAAGGUAGUACAAGUAUGGGUCAUGGGGAUCGAACAUCCACCUUCUGCGGUACACCAGAGUUCCUGGCCCCCGAGGUUCUUACGGACGACGACUACACCCGCGCCAUCGACUGGUGGGGGAUGGGCGUCCUCAUCUUCCAGAUGCUGGUCGGAGAGUCCCCAUUCCCUGGUGAAGAAGAGGAGGAGGUGUUUGACAGCAUCGUGAAUGAAGAAGUGCAGUACCCGGCCACGCUGGCCCCCAACGCCGUCCACAUCAUGAAGAAGUUGCUGAAGAAGAAUCCAGUAAAGAGACUGGGAGGGGGAGAGGGAGACGCUGAGGACGUGAAAGAGGACACCUUCUACCAGAGUGUGGACUGGGCGUGUCUCUUGACCAAGACCCUGCCCCCUCCCUUCCUGCCCAAGAUCAGUGCUCCGUGUGAUGUGAGUAACUUUGACAGCGACUUCACAUGUCUGCAGCCUGUCCUGUCGCCCCUGGCAACGCCCCUCUCCCCACGACAACAGAACAUCUUCCAGGGCUUCGACUACUCCGCCCUCCACAGCUGAGAGAGGGAUGACUACAAUAAUAACCAGUACUACUGUAAUACUACUAACCAGUGCUACAUAUACACCUUCAUGGACAGGAGUAUUACUGCAAUACUAACCAGUACAACUUAAUACUCCUUAAUGGACAGGAGGAGUAUUACCGUAAUACUAACCAGUAUAACUAAUACAACUUAAUGGACAGGGAUACAACUGUAUAACGACAGUACUAAUACACCUGGAGUAGAAAGUAGUACUACCAUGUUAAAAAACAGUACUACAAUACUAAUACAGCUUUGUGAAAGUAGGUCAACAGAACAAACCACUAUAUAUAUAU